AUGCCCGUUGUGGAUCAAGAGAAGCCAGAAGACUUUGGUCCCAUGUACGAAAGUUAUCAAAUUAGAGAGGUAAUCAUCCUAACAGAACGUCCAACAGGAGCGGUGACUUGGCCGUCGAUGCGGCAGACCGCCAGCGUGCCGUCGAUAGCUCAGUUGGUAGAGCGGAGGACUGUAGAGCAGUGGGUAUCCUUAGGUCGCUGGUUCGAAUCCGGCUCGACGGAUGGCUUUUUGCCAUUUUUUGCUUAUCGCGCAUUGUCUUUUUUUUAUAACGAUUUUCGAAAAACUAGUCAAUGAAAGCUCAUUUUUCUAGUUGCAGCUCGUGAACGAAACAUUAGGCGCCGUGAUGGUCAACGUAGAAGCCUUGAGAGCGGGAGAAACCUACGAAACCAAAAAUGAAAAGACAGAUAAACAAAGAGAAAUCCACGAGUUCGAUAUAACAAGACUUGAGGUCCCCUUUCGUUUCUAAAAUUUAUAAAACUAUUGCUUUCUAGGAAGAAUUAUCAGCAAGGUGGAGUUUUGAAGAAGAAGAAGACGAGUUCGAGGCUGCACGUUCUCACUGGAUUCAACUUCAGAAAACAAAUAAACAGGUUGGAGAUCCGAUUCAAAAUAUGAUAUUUUCAAAACUUCAGGCGAUCGCAGUUCGAAGUGCAUUCUUCUACCUGCUGGAAAAAUACCCUCACAUGCGGCCAAUCUGGAACUUUGCCAGGAACAUCGACGACUGCGAAGACAUGUGGAAAGGAGAGCUGGAGGACAACUUCUACUUCAGGUAAGUCCAAAUCCGAUUAAGGAAAAGAAGAAGAACAUUUUGAGACAUCACUGCGCCUCGAUUCAGGCGGCGAUAACCAUGAUAAUGGAGAACAAAGACGAGCCGAGCAACCUCCGCAAAUUCCUCAACGAAAUCGGCGGCCACCAUUUUUUCUAUGACGCAUCGGAGCCCCAUUUGGAGGUGCGCGAAAACCCUCACGCAAUCCCUGAUUGACAAAACAAAGGUGUUCCACGAAUCAAUGAUCGAAGGCAUGAAACUGGUUCUGAACGGCGCUGACGCCCUAGAUGACGCCAUUGAGGAGUCUUGGAACGAAGUGAGUCAACAAGCUCGAAGUGCUCACUCAAGGGAUUGAUUCAGUUGUUGAAAGUGAUCAAGUUGCACAUAUGCGAAGGGAUAACUAUUCAGCGAGUGAAUUACUUGACAAACUGCAUGACCACAGCUGAGAUCACCGAAAUAAAGUGAGCUUCUUUUUUGAAAACAUAACUUAAAUAUCUUCAGAGAAACUUGGGACAAAGUCAGGGAACACGGAUUUGAAAGCGCCGGUGAAAUGUUUUGCCGCACUGCUUUCUCUGUGAGUUUUAUUUUUUUGUGAACGAAUUCUUUAAAGUACAUGUCCAGAAGUACACUGAGCUACUUCAAAAACACAACUUGACGAGGAAAAUGCCAAAUUAUGCGCGAAUCGACUCUAGAAAAUUCAAAAACUUUUCUCAUCAAAUUAUCCAGGUAAGGACUCUCGUUUUUUGUUUUACUAAGGGGAAGAAGUUCAGGCUGUUGAUAAAACGAUAGCUAGUUACACGAAAGAGGACGGAUUCUGUGGUUUGAUAGAGGAAAUCCAGGAUUUUGUCGUCCGAUUUUUGGUGGUCGACGUGUGUCCGCCGCUCAUUAGGAAAGCUUUCAUGGAAGGUGAAUACCAAAUAAAUAUUUGGUAG